AUGAACACAGAUAUGGAUGCACAACCAAAUCAUGACGAUCAAAAUCAAAACAGUGAAGUUAUGGGCAGUGAAAAUAUUGAAAAUGGAGAGGCAAUAAAUAACAACAAUCAUCAUUUGUGUGAACCAUCAAACCAGGUAGUCAAUAAUGCAGUACCUCCUAACAGUCAAAUGAGUAGUACAUGUGGUACUGUUACACCCAGUACUAGUACUUCUACACAAGAGGAAGCAUGGAAACGAAUAAGUAAUAAACACAAGUUAAUCUCUAUAGACUUCCUUUUUCAAUAUAUGCUUGAAACUGGUGUUACUACUACUACUACUGGUUUAGUCAGUGACACAACGGAGUGUAUUGCAUGUAAACUGAGAAAAUGCGUGAAUUAUGAAACGGGAGUCACCAUGGUUUGCGCAGCGUGCCCGCGAUUCCCUCGUCUUUGUUCAGCACAAUGUUUUCGAUGGUGGCACAAUGUUCAUUUACCGGCAUCCGGCAAUAAACCAGGAGCAACAAUCGAAUCCAAUCAAACCAAUACAACAAUAAGAAAAUCAAAUGACCAAGUUAUGGUUUCAGAAUCCCAGGUACUUGAUCAAUCAAGUGAAUUUAGAGCGCCUGAGGAAUCAGUCCUCCAAACUUGUACAACACCCGUAUGUCGGGUAGUCAGAAAGAGAAGACGACGAAAAGCAGCCCGAUAUGGUUAUGGGAGAAGAAAAGUUUGGUCUAGAAGAAGUUAA